CGAAUGAUAUAUGCAGAAUUGGCUAAUGGCAGUAAAGUGAAAAAAAAAACUAAUAUUAUUCUGCAAAAUGUUUAAAAAUGAGAUAAAACGUUUAAAUGAAGAAAUUAAGGAUCUAAGAGAAAAAUUGUUCGAAAAAGAAUGCUUACUAAGAGAGUUGCAGUCACAAGGAAACGUUGAGGAAAAUGUGUACUGUAAUAAACUAAAAUCAGAAGAAAUUGCUAGAUAUAGUCGUCAAACUAUCAUGAAUGAAGUUGGUGUUUCAGGGCAAUUAGCGAUUAAGGAUAGCAAAGUUCUUAUUGUAGGCAUGGGUGGGUUGGGUUGUCCUGCAGCUUUAUACUUGGUGAGUGCAGGAGUAGGUGAAAUUACCAUUGUUGAUUAUGAUGAAGUUGAGUUAUCAAAUUUACAUAGACAAAUAUUACAUUCCGAAUAUGAUUUGAUGAUCCCAAAAGUGCAAUCAGCUUAUGAAAAAUUGGCCAGAAUUAACAGCAAUACAAAAAUUAUUCCUUUGCAACUUCAUAUCACAAGCCAUUCAAUUAAUGAUCUGAUCUUGCAUAACAAGUACUCUGUGGUAAUUGAUGGAAGUGAUAAUGUUGCAACAAGGUAUUUGCUGAAUGAUGCAUGCAUUUUAAAUGAUAUACCAUUGGUUUCGGGUAGUGCACUACAAAUGGAGGGACAGUUAACAGUGUACAACUAUAAAACGGGGCCAUGCUAUAGAUGCAUAUUUCCUGUACCACCACCACCCAGGGCGGUUAAAAGUUGUGGUGAUGGAGGUGUUUUAGGGCCAGUCCCAGGUGUGAUUGGAAUUUUGCAAGCCUUGGAAGCUCUAAAAAUUAUAGUCAAUAGUAGUGGAGUUUUAUAUGGCAGGUUACUAUUAUUUGAUGGGUCUAGUGGUACUUUCAGAAAUAUAAAACUCAGGCCUAGAAAUGUCAAAUGUGAGAUAUGUGGGGAUACUCCUUCAAUAAAAAAACUUAUUGAUUAUGAAGAAUUUUGUGGUGCAGCCGCACAUGAUAAGGUUACUAAUAUUGACAUACUAUCUGAGGAGCAGAAUAUAAAUGUGAAAGAUUUUUCAAAACUGGUAGGUCCAAGUUUUAUACUAGAUGUAAGAGCCAACUUGGAAUAUGAGAUGUGCAAAAUUCCAAGGACUCUAAACAUCCCCUUGUCCGAAUUGGAAAAUACAAUGGGGAUAAUAAAAUUUAGAAAUCUGUGGGAACAAAGGCUUUGUAAUACUGAUAAAAAUGUAUAUGUUGUCUGCAGAAGAGGAAAUGACUCUCAAAGGGCAAUCAGCCUUUUAAUGGACAAAGUGGCAGAUAUGGAAUUAAACUUUUUCAAUGUUCAAGGAGGUCUUCAUGCUUUUUCACACAAUGUUGAUUCAAAUUUUCCUGUAUAUUAAUUUUUUUUUAUUAAACUGUUUGUUUCAAGAACUUGUUUAUUGCUGAAAAAUUAACCUGGAUUCAACCAAAAAUUAUUGGACGUUACUCAGCUGAUCUAAUGUUGUAAAGCUAUCUGCAUUAUUUUCAGAACUAGGAGUGACUAGCAAACUAUCUAAAGAAAAUUAGAAUCAACAAUUAUG